AUUCCUCUCUCCUGCAGCUUAAGAGGGUUUGUUCCUGAACCUAAGGCCUAAUCCCGGAGCUCGGGUAUAACAUUUGGUAUCAAAGCCCAUUGUUCCACAUCCCGAAGGACCAAAACACUUCCCUCCACUUUACCCAUUUCCUUUUCUACCACCCAUUGUCUCCAAAUAAACCAUGUCAAAUGAAUCUCAACCCUUGUCGCAUGAGGAGCUUGUUGCAUCCAACGCCGCCUUAAAGGCCCAAGUAGAGUACUUGGCGAAGGAGGUAGCUAAGCUCACCAAGAUAAAGCUCAAUGCCCUUCAAGGGAGUGAUCAUGAGGAUAAUGCGAGCACCAGCAGCACCAACAAGGCCAGAACUAAUGACGGGUCUGACUUCAAAGUUGAUGUCCCAACUUUUGAGGGAAAAAACGACUGGGACGAGUUUCUAGAAUGGCUAGAGACGGUGGAGCGUGUUUUCGAUUUCAAAGAAGUCUCCGAUGAGAAGAAGGUCAAGAUAGUGGCCUUGAAGUUCCGCAAGUAUGCAUCUACUUGGUGGACUAACACGUGCACCAAAAGGAGAAGAAACCACAAGGAGCCGGUGGCCACAUGGGCCAAAAUGAAGUCUCUCCUAAAGAAGUUCUUGCCUGCUGAAUAUGUUCGUGAGAAUUUUGCCAAGCUUCAAACGCUUAAGCAAGGUUCAAAAUCGGUUGAAGAAUACACCCAUGAGUUCGAGGAACUCUUACUAAGGUGUGACUUGCAAGAAGAUGAUGAACAAACCUUUGUACGAUACCUGUUCGGCUUAAACCUGCAAAUAGCCAAUACAGUAGAGUUACAAAGUUAUGAGUCCCUGGAAGAGCUUACCAAAUUAGCCCUUAAGGUUCGUAAAGGUCGACCAUUUGGCACGACGGGUGACCGUGUUGAUGGUUUUAAAUUCCUAGACUGCCACCGUACAGUCGACCCUAACCUCACGGUGGUUGACCGUCAUGAGAUACCUGUAGGGGAUGCACUAUUCAACGGUAUGGAGGACAUCAUGGAAGGUGAGUCUGAGAGCCUUAGAGAAUUGUCUAACCGGUUACGCACACAACCUGAAAGGUAUGGAUUCCUCCUAACCUUUGAGGGUGACGUAAUGCUUAUCGACCAGGAUGAGCCGGAGACCUACCUCGAGGCAAUCAGUUGUCCCGAGGCUGAGGAAUGGCGUCAAGCCAUGCAGUCCGAAAUGGAUUCCAUUGGGAGUGCUGUAGUCUUCCUUGCUCUGUAUGUUGAUGACAUACUGCUCAUAGGAAACGAUAUUCCUACUUUAACCACCGUCAAAACGUGGUUGAGUAAGAGUUUCUCUAUGAAGGACUUGGGAGAGGCCAGUUAUGCACUUGGCAUAAGGAUCUAUAGGGAUAGAUCACGGAAGCUGUUAGGUCUCAGUCAAAGUACAUACAUAGACAAGGUCCUCGCUAGAUUCAGCAUGUCUGAGUCGAAACAAGGAAGUUUGCCUAUGGUCCAAGGCAUGAGUCUUUCCAAGACUCAGGGUGCUUCCACUCCGGAGGAAGUAGAACGCAUGAGAAAUGUUCCUUAUGCGUCGGCCAUUGGAUCCAUCAUGUAUGCGAUGGUAUGUACGAGACCUGAUGUUGCCUUUGCUCUGAGUGUCACGAGUAGAUACCAGUCCAACCCUGGCGAAAGUUAUUGGACAGCUGUGAAGAACAUCCUUAAAUACUUCCGUAGGACUAAGGAUGCCUUCCUGGUAUAUGGCGGAAAAGAAGAACUCAGUAUUGUUGGAUAUACUGAUGCCAACUUCCAAACUGAUAGAGAUGACUUCAAGUCGCAGGCAGGGUAUGUGUUUUGUUUGAAUGGCGGAGCUGUUACCUGGAAGAGUUACAAGCAAGAUACUACCGCUGAUUCCACUACAGAAGUAGAGUACGUGGCUGAAGCCGAGGCAGCCAAGGAAGGUGUGUGGCUCAAGAAUUUUAUUACUGAGCUUGGAGUGGUUCCUAGCAUCAAGAACCCUAUACCGUUUUUUUGCGACAAAAUUGGGGCAAUUGCACAAGCGAAAGAACCUCGGUCUCACCAAAAGACCAAACACAUCGUUAGACGUUAUCACAUCAUAUGAGAAAUCGUUGCACGUGGGGACGUUGAGAUUUGCAAGAUAGGUACAGACGACAAUAUCGCGGAUCCAUUGACGAAGGCUUUGGGAAAGCCUAAACACGAGAGUCAUACGUGGUCCAUGGGCAUUCGAGGAAUGCUUGAUUGGCCUUAGGGCAAGUGGGAGAUUGUUGUAUUUAGGUGCCCUAGCGGCAAUCAAAUACCUAUGUAACU